CAUACUGUAUUUUCCCAUGUUUAGCCCGUCAAAGAGUUGGGAGGGGAGGUGGAGAGUGAGGAGGGAGGCGAGGGAGGGGGAGGGAAGGAGAAGAAGGGAAACAAGAGGCUCUCGGUGGAGAGGAUCUACCAGAGGAAGACGCAGCUGGAGCACAUUCUGCUGAGGCCUGAUACGUACGUUGGGUCCACCGAGGAGAGCACGGAGCUCACCUUUGUCUACGACGCUGAAAGAGAGGCCAUCGUAAAGAGAAACGUCACCUUUGUCCCCGGUCUCUACAAGAUUUACGACGAGAUAUUGGUGAAUGCUGCAGACAACAAGCAGAGGGAUGCGAGCAUGAAAGCCAUCAAAAUUGUCAUCGACCCAGAGCAGAACCUGAUCAGUGUGUGGAACGGAGGCCGAGGUAUCCCUGUGGAGAUGCAUACCACCGAGAAGAUGUACGUCCCGGAGCUGAUAUUCGGGACCCUCCUCACCUCCUCCAACUACAACGACGAGCAGAAGAAGGUGACGGGAGGAAGAAACGGCUACGGCGCCAAGCUCUGCAACAUCUUCAGCACAGAGUUCACCGUGGAGACUGCCAGCAAGGAGUCUGGCAAGUCAUUCAAACAGACGUGGAAGAAUAACAUGGGGACAUCGGGCAAAGCUAAGGUUACUUCCAGCAGUUCCGACUUUACCAAGGUGACGUUCAAGCCGGACCUGGCAAAGUUCAAGAUGACCCACCUGGACUCAGACACAGUGGCCCUCAUGACACGGAGGGCCUAUGACAUUGCUGGCUGCACCAAGGGAGUGGCAGUCCAUCUCAACGGAACUAGACUACCCGUGAAGGGUUUCAAGGACUACGUGGAGCUGUAUGUGAAGGGAGACCAGAGCCAGACAGAGGAGGAGAUGCCUCGGAAGGUGGUCUACGAUGCCGUCAAUCCUCGCUGGGAGGUGGCCGUGACUGCCAGCAACCACGGCUUCCAACAGGCCUCCUUUGUCAACUCCAUUGCCACUACCAAGGGAGGCACCCAUGUGAACUACAUAGUGGACCAGUUGGUCUCGAAGCUCCUGGAGGCUGCCAAGAAGAAGAACAAGGGAGGCAUGGACCUGAAGCCGUUCCACAUCAAGGGUCACCUGUGGGUGUUUGUCAAUUGUCUUGUCGAGAACCCCACCUUUGACUCCCAGACCAAGGAGACCAUGACUCUCAAGGUCAAGUCCUUUGGCUCCACCUGUCCCCUCUCUGAGAAGUUCAUCAAACAGGCUCUGUCAUGUGGAGUGGUGGAGAGAGUGCUGAGCUGGGCCAGAGUCAAGUCUCAGGACAAGUUGGCCCAGAAACAGAAAGGCUCCAAGCAAAACAAACUUCGGGGUAUCCCAAAGUUGGAUGAUGCCAACGACGCUGGAGGCAGAAACUCCCACGAGUGUACUCUCAUCCUGACUGAGGGAGACUCAGCCAAGACGCUGGCUGUCAGCGGGCUGGGCGUGGUCGGGAGAGAUCACUACGGCGUCUUCCCACUCAGGGGAAAACUGCUCAACGUCAGGGAGGCCUCUCAUAACCAGCUGAUGAACAACGAAGAGAUCACCAACAUUGUCAAGAUCCUGGGCCUCCACUACACCAAGAAGUACACCGACGGUCCUGAGCUGCGCAGCCUGCGCUACGGGAAGCUGCUGAUCAUGACCGACCAGGACCAGGACGGCUCUCACAUCAAGGGACUCAUCAUCAACUUCCUCCACCACAACUGGCCUGGACUCCUCCGACAAUCCUUUAUACAGCAGUUCAUCACUCCCAUUGUCAAGGUGUCAAAGGGCUCGAGGGCGAUUUCGUUUUUCUCGCUGCCCGAGUUUGAGCAGUGGAAGUGCUCGACCGAGGGUGCCCACACCUGGAAGGUCAAGUACUACAAGGGUCUGGGGACCAGCACGGGCAAGGAGGCAAAGGAGUACUUCUCUGACAUGGAGCGCCACAGAAUCCCCUUCAAGUACAGCGGAGCCAACGACGACGAUGCCAUUCUUCUUGCGUUCAGCAAGAAGUGUGUGGAGCGUCGUAAGGAGUGGCUGACGCAGUGGCUGGAGCACCGCCGGGAGCAGAGGGACCAGGGUCUGGACGAAUCUCUCCUUUACGCCGAGCAGAUGGACCACAUCUCCUACUCCGACUUUGUCAACAAGGAGCUCAUUCUCUUCUCCAACAUGGACAACGAACGCUCCAUUCCCAGCUCUGUGGAUGGACUGAAGCCUGGUCAGAGGAAGGUGUUGUUCACUUGUUUCAAGAGGAAUGACAAGAGAGAGAUAAAGGUGGCCCAGCUGGCCGGCUCUGUGGCAGAACAUUCUGCCUACCAUCACGGAGAGGUAUGUAGGGUGAUUUAUAUGUACCUGUAC